CCAGGCAAGAGCCCAGCCUGGCCAGCUGGAGCGGAUUUGGGGGAUGGAGGAAAAAGGGGGCUCCCAACCCCUCUCCAGCUUCCCUCCGCCGCCCUCCCUGAUUGGCUGUGCGUCCCUGGAGCCCAACUUCAGUCGCUCCAGACUCCAUCUGAGCCCUGAGGGAGUCGGAGCGCCGCGCCUCGGGGCGGGAGGGGCGGCCACGAAUCCAGGGGUUGGCAUCUCUGGGCCCCUGGGGGGAGGGGCGCGGACGGGGUCGGCCCCCGCAGCCUCUGCGAGGCCCAUCUCGCUGCGUCUCUCAGCCUCUGCUUCUCUCAGCCCCCGCCCUUUCCUUCCCUCCCAGCGGCAGCCUCCCUCCUCCCGCCCCCCCGCCAACCCCCCGCCCGCCCGCCCGCCCGCCACCUCCCCCCGGUUUCUCAUUCCUGCCACUAGCGCGCUCGGCGGCUCAUUCCGCGGCCGCCGCCAGCCGAGGGGAGCGUCGCGGGCCGAGGAACAGAUGCCGCGGGGGCCGCUCGCAGCCGCCGCUGACUUGUGAAUGGGACCGGGACUGGGGCCGGGGCUAACACCGCAGCGCUUGCCCUGCGCCAGGGACGGGCGGCCCGGAGGUUGCGUCCACCCGCUAGGGCCCCAGAAAUCACUGUGUUUUCGGCUCAGCGGCCCUGUGACAUUCCUUCCUGUUGUCCUUUGUUGAGUGACCAAUCAGAUGGGUGGAGUGUGUUACAGAAAUUGGCAGCAAGUGUCCAAUGGGUGAAGAAGGAUAAGCUUCUUCUUGAUGGAAGAGAAUUCUGUGCCUGGUGGAGGAAAGGACUUGUUCUUGAUCACACUGUAAGGAUUUUGAAGAACAAAACUAACCAAUGACUUAGAAGCUGACUGGGGACGUGGGCAGCCCUGACGUGAUGAGCUCAGCCAGCAGAGACGUUCCAUCCCAAGAGAGGUCUGCGUGACACGUCCGGGAGGCCACCCUCGGCAAGACCACCGCACGGUUGGUGGAAGGGGUGACAGCUGCAUUCUCCUGUGCCUACCACGUAACCAAAAAUGAAGGAGAACUACUGUUUACAAGCCGCCCUGGUGUGCCUGGGCAUGCUGUGCCACAGUCAGGCCUUUGCCCCAGAGCGGCGGGGCCACCUGCGGCCCUCCUUCCAUGGGCACCACGAGAAGGGCAAGGAGGGGCAGGUGCUACAGCGCUCCAAGCGUGGCUGGGUCUGGAACCAGUUCUUCGUGAUAGAGGAGUACACCGGGCCUGACCCCGUGCUUGUGGGCAGGCUUCAUUCGGAUAUUGACUCUGGUGAUGGGAACAUCAAAUACAUUCUCUCAGGUGAAGGAGCUGGAACCAUUUUCGUGAUUGAUGACAAAUCAGGGAACAUUCAUGCCACCAAGACAUUGGAUCGAGAAGAGAGAGCCCAGUACACGCUGAUGGCUCAGGCGGUGGACAGGGACACCAACCGGCCACUGGAGCCACCAUCAGAAUUCAUUGUCAAGGUCCAGGACAUUAAUGACAACCCUCCGGAGUUCCUGCAUGAGACCUAUCAUGCCAACGUGCCCGAGAGGUCCAAUGUGGGAACGUCAGUAAUCCAGGUGACAGCUUCAGAUGCAGAUGACCCCACUUACGGAAAUAGUGCCAAGUUAGUGUACAGUAUCCUCGAAGGACAACCCUAUUUUUCGGUGGAAGCACAGACAGGUAUCAUCAGAACAGCCCUACCCAACAUGGACAGGGAGGCCAAGGAGGAGUACCACGUGGUGAUCCAGGCCAAGGACAUGGGUGGACAUAUGGGCGGACUCUCAGGGACAACCAAAGUGACGAUCACACUGACUGAUGUCAAUGACAACCCACCAAAGUUUCCACAGAGUGUAUACCAGAUGUCUGUGUCAGAAGCAGCCGUCCCUGGGGAGGAAGUAGGAAGAGUGAAAGCUAAAGACCCAGACAUUGGAGAAAAUGGCUUAGUCACAUACAGUAUUGUUGAUGGAGAUGGUAUGGAAUUGUUUGAAAUCACAACGGACUAUGAAACCCAGGAGGGGGUGAUAAAGCUGAAAAAGCCUGUAGAUUUUGAAACCAAAAGAGCCUAUAGCUUGAAGGUAGAGGCAGCCAACGUGCACAUCGACCCGAAGUUUAUCAGCAAUGGCCCCUUCAAGGACACUGUGACCGUCAAGAUCGCAGUAGAAGAUGCUGACGAGCCCCCUAUGUUCUUGGCCCCAAGUUACAUCCAUGAAGUCCAAGAAAAUGCAGCUGCUGGCACCGUGGUUGGGAGAGUGCAUGCCAAAGACCCUGAUGCUGCCAACAGCCCAAUAAGGUAUUCCAUCGAUCGUCACACUGACCUCGACAGAUUUUUCACUAUUAAUCCAGAGGAUGGUUUUAUUAAAACUACAAAACCUCUGGAUAGAGAGGAAACAGCCUGGCUCAACAUCACUGUCUUUGCAGCAGAAAUCCACAAUCGGCAUCAGGAAGCCAAAGUCCCAGUGGCCAUUAGGAUCCUUGAUGUCAACGAUAAUGCUCCCAAGUUUGCUGCCCCUUAUGAAGGUUUCAUCUGUGAGAGUGAUCAGACCAAGCCACUUUCCAACCAGCCAAUUGUUACAAUUAGUGCAGAUGACAAGGAUGACACAGCCAACGGACCAAGAUUUAUCUUCAGCCUACCCCCUGAAAUCAUUCACAAUCCAAAUUUCACAGUCAGAGACAACCGAGAUAACACAGCAGGCGUGUACGCCCGGCGUGGAGGGUUCAGUCGGCAGAAGCAGGACUUGUACCUCCUGCCCAUAGUGAUCAGCGAUGGCGGCAUCCCGCCCAUGAGUAGCACCAAUACCCUCACCAUCAAAGUCUGCGGGUGCGACGUGAAUGGGGCACUGCUCUCCUGCAACGCGGAGGCCUACAUUCUGAACGCCGGCCUGAGCACAGGCGCGCUGAUCGCUAUCCUCGCCUGCAUCGUCAUUCUCCUGGUCAUUGUAGUAUUGUUCGUGACCCUGAGAAGGCAAAAGAAAGAACCACUCAUUGUCUUUGAGGAAGAAGAUGUCCGUGAGAACAUCAUUACUUAUGAUGAUGAAGGAGGUGGGGAAGAAGACACAGAAGCCUUUGAUAUUGCCACCCUCCAGAAUCCCGAUGGUAUCAAUGGAUUUAUCCCCCGCAAAGACAUCAAACCUGAGUAUCAGUACAUGCCUAGACCUGGGCUCCGGCCAGCGCCCAACAGCGUGGAUGUCGAUGACUUCAUCAACACAAGAAUACAGGAGGCAGACAAUGACCCCACAGCUCCUCCUUAUGACUCCAUUCAAAUCUACGGUUAUGAAGGCAGGGGCUCAGUGGCCGGGUCCCUGAGCUCCCUAGAGUCAGCCACCACAGAUUCAGACUUGGACUAUGAUUAUCUACAGAACUGGGGACCUCGUUUUAAGAAACUAGCAGACUUGUAUGGUUCCAAAGACACUUUUGAUGACGAUUCUUAACAAUAACGAUACAAAUUUGGCCUUAAGAACUGUGUCUGGCGUUCUCAAGAAUCUAGAAGAUGUGUAAACAGGUAUUUUUUUAAAUCAAGGAAAGGCUCAUUUAAAACAGGCAAAGUUUUACAGAGAGGAUACAUUUAAUAAAACUGCGAGGACAUCAAAGUGGUAAAUACUGUGAAAUACCUUUUCUCACAAAAAGGCAAAUAUUGAAGUUGUUUAUCAACUUCGCUAGGAAAAAAAAAACACUUGGCAUACAAAAUAUUUAAGUGAAGGAGAAGUCUAAUGCUGAACUGACAAUGAAGGGAAAUUGUUUAUGUGUUAUGAACAUCCAAGUCUUUCUUCUUUUUUAAGUUGUCAAAGAAGCUUCCACAAAAUUAGAAAGGACAACAGUUCUGAGCUGUAAUUUCGCCUUAAACUCUGGACACUCUAUAUGUAGUGCAUUUUUAAACUUGAAAUAUAUAAUAUUCAGCCAGCUUAAACCCAUACAAUGUAUGUACAAUACAAUGUACAAUUAUGUCUCUUGAGCAUCAAUCUUGUUACUGCUGAUUCUUGUAAAUCUUUUUGCUUCUACUUUCAUCUUAAACUAAUAUGUGCCAGAUAUAACUGUCUUGUUUCAGUGAGAGACGCCCUAUUUCUAUGUCAUUUUUAAUGUAUCUAUUUGUACAAUUUUAAAGUUCUUAUUUUAGUAUACAUACAAAUAUCAGUAUUCUGACAUGUAAGAAAAUGUUACGGCAUCACACUUAUAUUUUAUGAACAUUGUACUGUUGCUUUAAUAUGAGCUUCAAUAUAAGAAGCAACCUUUGAAAUAAAAAAAAAAGAUUCUUUUUUAAUUCUGGGUUUGAUUCUUAACAUUGAAAAAAACGUUAAGUAUUUCUAAUGAUCCAUUUAUAUUUCUAAUUUAAUUGUGAUCUUUUAAUAACCCUAUUUAUGAUCUGUUGUAGUCUGUCUGAUGCUUUUAUUGUUUAUUUAAAAUCAAAUAUGUUUUACAAAUGUUUUUUCAGACAAGAUUCUGUAACAUCAUGUAAAGCUUUUUUGUACAUUCUUGGUGUUAACCUCCCGGCUUCUCUUCACACACAUCUUCUAAAAAAGAAGGAUGUGGAAGAACUAGGUCAGUCUAUGACUUUGCAAUAUGUGUUAUAUAAUAUGCAUUUAUCUUGUAUAUCAGUAAUUUGAUGGUUAUGAGAGAUGAAUCCAUGAGGGAAUGGAGCUAUCAGAACUCUAAUGUUCCAGGUAUACAUUCUGUGCCCCGCACUGAGCAUUGGGGGACUGGGGGACUAGAGUCAAAAAUACAAAUUUGCCCCAGACUCUAAUGUUAUUCUAUUUUUUCUUAUGUUGAACUUACCAGGCUAUUGUAAGACUCCGACAGUUGAAACUGCUUCUUUUUCCUCCUAUAAUUUUAACUAACUGUAAAAUGAUGUGGCAUUUUACGUUUUAAUGAGAAAGGGCAAUUCAUUUCAAAAACCUUUGUUUAGAAUAUGCUUGGGGCCAUAAGCUCAGAAUGAGGGCAGGGACCAUUUUGGAUUCUGAGGGUCAAUGCCAUUUGGUCUGGGAGUGUGUCUACAGUCCCCUGCAUCCCAGCUGGUUUACUGGGGAUUGAAACUUAUGUGAAGGGCAUUUCACCUGUUCAGUUGGGCCAAAGGUCGAAACGUAGCAAUACUUGGGGAAAGACCACACAAAGUCACACUGCAAGUGCUUUCCCUCUUUCCCCCUACACACAGGGCACGUGCUUUUUCUUGGAUUGCAGACAAUUUUUUUACAGUUUUUUUCUGACUUUAUUGUGAAAGUUUGUUUCAAACAUUUCUUGAUAUCAUGUUACAUACUAUUUUUUAUGAUUUAGUCAACAUGCAUACAAAGAAAUGUUUUUUAUGAAGUGCUCACUUCCAUUUUACUUUGCGUUGAAAUCAAAUUGGGCUGAACACUUCAAUGGAAUACAUUCUGUGGACAAUGUCACUUCAGAAUCUUUCAUCUCAGUGAAGAAUUACGCAUUCUCAAUACUUCCAUAAUUGCAGGUUGUGUUCAUUUUUUAUAUAGUUUUUGUAAUCCAAAGAAUAUUUUGCUAGAUUUGCACAGAUCUCCAAUUGAAUUUGCAAUGAAGAAAUAACUCAAAAGGAAUAUGAAUAGCAUUUAAAUAAGUAUACAGCUGUAAGUAACCCUGUCACCAUGGAUGAUCCUUUUCUGUAGGAAUGUAUUUGGAUUAGAGAUGACAACUACAUUUUCGCAUUUUUAUGUUGAAGUCUUUUUUAAAAAGGCUGUUUACUUUUCAGUAGUUAAGAAUACUUGUUUUUCUUUUUUUUCUUUUUAUCUUUUAUUUUUUCUUUAAGCCUCUAUUGUUUGUAGAACACUCUUAGAAACUUGGAAAUAAAAUGUCUUUCCCAA